AUGUUCGUCUGGAGAGUUUGUAAUGAAGCUCUGCCAACUUAUUCUAAUCUUUCCAAGAGGAAAAUAAGAGAGGACAGUAACUACCCUAUAUGUGACCUUGAAGAAGAGACCUCAGGUCAUGCUUUGUGGAGUUGCAGUGCAGCCCAAGAUGUAUGGAGUCAAGCCUAUAGACCUAUACAAAAGCUCUCCCUUUAUGGAAGGUCCCUAAAAGAACCCUGGCAGCAUAUGAUGGGCAAGCUACAAAAGCCAUUAAUAGAGGAAAUAGGUUCAUUUAUGAGAUUAAUAUGGGCAAGAAGGGACGAGUAUGUGCAUGGGAAGGAAUUCAAACAUCCAAAUGCAGUGUUGUAUAAAGCAUUGGAUGACUUAAACUGCUACAAAACCACAAAACAGAAUAAUAUAAAUGGAAAAGCUGAUGACUCUUGUGAAAACCAGCGAUGGAAACCACCCCGUGAGGGAACAUACAAGCUGAACUGGGAUGUUGCUAUAAACCAAUCUCUAGGUCUCACGGGUAUAGGUGCAAUUAUCGGGGACUCUAAUGGCAAGUCCUUGGUACCCUCCGAGCAAGAAGAAGUUACAAAUUGUCCCCUUUCACUGUUGAGGCUUAUGUCAUGGUGA